AGCCCCGUCACCCGGCCCUUUCUACAUGUGGAAGCCAUUAAAGAAGCCCUGAGCCUUCUGAAACGGAGCAAUGACCCUGCUGCUGUGAUGGAUGAAACAGUAGAAGUCAUCUCUGAAGUGUUUAACCCCCGGGAGCCGACAUGCCUGCAGACCCGCCUGGAGGUGUUUACGAAGGGCCUUCGGGGCAGCCUCACCAGGCUCAAGGGCUCCUUGACCUUGAUAGCCAGCCACUACAGGCAGCACUGCCCCCCUACCCUGGUAAGUGCCUGU